AUAAAAUUUGCUGAAAAUCUAUAAGUUACAAAAGUUUAUAAUGAAAAUAAAUAAAACAGUUGGAAAAUAAGACAUUGUAAUUGGAGUGAUUGAAUAUUAAAAUGGCAGCACCUAACACCUAUAAACCAAACCCAGCCAUGUCUAUGCCAAGCCCACAAAACAAUCCGCACUACAUGAUUGCGGGGCCCCCAAUGAGUUUCGGUAUGAUGAAAGGCGGUAUGAAUGCACCGCCGCACCAUAACCAAUACCAGUACCCCCAGUACGCGGGGGGUUACGGAUGGCAACCACAGCCGCGUUUCGCUACAGAGAGCCGGCGGACUGGGUCGGCGAGCGGCGGGGCGGGCCAGAAGGAUGAUAAGACUAGUCCCUUUGUGUCCACCUCGCACUCCCACCCCGGAUUCCAGCCGCAGAAGAUCGGGAAGGGUGGAGCGGGUGGGCUCCCCAAGCCGCCGAAGGCCCCGGAGAAGCCCCUGAUGCCGUAUAUGCGGUACUCGCGGCGCGUUUGGGAUGCGGUGAAGGCCGCGCACCCCGAGCUCAAGCUGUGGGAGAUCGGCCGCAUCAUCGGCGGGAUGUGGCGCGACCUGCCGCAGCAAGAGAAGUACGCCUACGUCGAUGAAUAUGAGGCCGAGAAGGCGGAGUACGAGAAAAGCUUGAAAGCGUACCACAACUCCGCCGCCUACCUCGCCUAUAUCGCCGCCAAGAAUAAGGCAGUCGUAGGCAACUUGGACGAAGAGAGCUCGAGCAAGAAGGGAAGCUCGCAGAAGGAGCAGCAGCAGCAGGACAGAAGAAUCGACAUACAGCCCGCUGAGGACGAAGAAGACCAAGACGAGGGUCUGUCGGUGAAGCACGUGGCUUACGCGCGGUACCUGCGCAACCACCGGCUCAUCAACGAGAUAUUCUCCGACACCGUCGUCCCGGACGUCCGCUCCGUCGUCACCACCGCGCGCAUGCAGAUCCUAAAAAAGCAAGUGCAGUCCCUCACGAUGCACCAGAAGAAGCUGGAGGAUGAGCUGCAGCAGAUAGAGGAGAAGUUCGAGGCCAAGAAGCGCAAGUUCAUCGAGAGCAGCGAAACGUUCCAGGAGGAGUUGAAGAAGCACUGCAAACCUGCGGUAGACGAAGAGACGUUCGGCCGCAUGGUGGAGCGCGCGCUAGAGCAGAUGCGGCGCGGCGCCAACCCCACUCCCGCCGCUCCGCCCCCGAACAAGCGGGACGAGCCGAUGGAUCAAGAUCAGGCAGCGAUGAAACCGGAGCAGAACGGGCCGAAUGCGCCGACGCAAGUCGACAAGGUGUCCACGACGGACGUGAAGCCCGACGGCGUCACUACCGAGCUCAAACCGGAACCAGAAACCAAGGACGCCCCGCCGGAACCUGAAGCUGAGCGCAAGGAGGAGAAGGCGGCGGAUAAGCCGGCGGAGAAUAAGGACACGCCCCCCGCCCCCGCCGCGCUGCCGCAGAUCACCUCACCCCCGCAUCCUGCUAUGAUGGUGCCGCCGGCCCCCGGAGCGCCUCACGCCGGUCCACCUCCUCCGGGCGGGUACGGCGCGGCAUACGGCGCGCGCUACUACGGCGGCUACGGCGCGUUCGGCGGCGCUUACCCCCACUACUACCCCGAGCCGUACCACCAUGCGCCCGCGCAUCACGACGUCAAGCCCGAGGAGCCGCCGGCCAAGAAGGAGGGCGAAUGAUCCUCGCCUAAACGCGUCGUCAAACGACGGCGCAAGUCCUCCUCGAAGGACGCCCAGUAACUCUGCUACAUGCUCGGUAAAAAUCUGUGAACUUCUAGUAGUCAACCUCCCGAAAAAUAAAAGCGUAUUCCCGUUAUGCGUCCUAUAAAGCUUAAGGAUAUUAGAGUCUCUAUUUCAAACAUCGUAUCGCUUUUAGUAUAAGCGAUACGAUAUUUGAAAUAGAGACUCUAAUAUCGUCUACUAAGGCUGCGUUUCCAUC